GGUGAUUAUGGUGGUGGAUCCUUUAAGAUGUGUUAUCAAAUCGUGAAUGUUGAUAAGCCGAAUGCCAAGAGAAACACAAGUGUUUUUAGUAUUUUUGAAGCGAAAGAGUACAAACCCAACCUUGUUGUGGGUCUCUCAAGGUUUACACCACAAAUUAAUCAAUUGCAGUCACUGUGUUGGAAGUCGACAUGCUUGCUUGUUUUGUCAUAUAACUUGUGAAGAGAUGAAAAUGAAUCCUUCUCAACAAAAGCACAGUUGCUCCAAGCGUACUCUGGAAACACUUCAUGCAGAUUUCCAAAAUUUUAUUCAAAAAGGUUGAAUACCAAAAUUAGCAAAGACUUGUAACAAUGUCAUUGAUUUGCCACUUUUCAAUAUUCCAUUAACACAAGUAAGCAUUCCAUCAUUACAUAUCUCAUUGGGAAUUUAUCUUAAAUUUUUUAAUAUGCUUGAAGAUGGCUGUCAUCUCUUAGAUGUAAAAAUUGCAGCAAAAAUGUGUAUGACAAAUCAAACUGUAAACAACAGAAGUUUUGAUGAGUAUAUUGCACUUCAAUUAAAAAUAUAUGAAGGAGAAAAAGUUAUUAAUGAAUAUUGUGAAAAAAUAACUCUAAUUCAUGAAGCAAUGGCAAUACAUGUUCUACGUUCUCCUGAAAAUAAAGAAAUUAUUUGUGAAAUAUUUCAGCCCAGAGUAGCCCAUUAUAUGGAGAAGAAAAAUGCUAAGCUGAUUGAAUUAGAAGAGUUAAGAUCUAAAACAUUUGAAAAAUCACAUGGACCACUUGUGAAAAAACUUGAUGAAGUUCUAUGCGGUCUUCAUGUUCAAAGACAAGCUUAUCAUGGAAAAUGUUUUAUUGGGAAUCAUGUUCAUAAAAUGUUGAAGCUAAACAGUAUUCUAGAUCUUUGUAAUUCAAUACCUAAAAUAGUAAGUGAUCUUGGAUUUAUUGGUACAGAUGUUCAUAACGAGGCGAAGGUCUUGAGUAAGAAAUUUGUUGCUUUGUUCUCCAAAUACUCGACAUGCUACAACUUUAUGAAUUCAAGUGAAAUAAUUAACAAGAAUCCAAUAUCAGAAUUAGAAAGAGCCAUUGAUAAAUUAAUGAGUUACUUUCGUAAAACAUGGCCCAAUGAGUCCAUUACUCCAAAAAUGCAUUUGUUAGAAAGUCAUUGUGUUGAUUUUAUUAGAAAUUGGAAUUCGGGUCUUGAUAUUUAUGGAGAGCAAGGUUUAGAAAGCAUGCAUGCCGAAUUCAACAGUAUGAACAGCACAUUUUGUCAUAUGAAAGGAAAGCAAAGACUGAGAAGUAUUUUGUCCAAUCACUAUAUCAAAAACUCUCCAGAAGCUUUAAUAAUUAGACCAACUAUUAAAAAAAGAAAGCCUUAUAAAAGAAAAGCUUGAAACGUGAAACUUUAUAGAUGAAUUUUAAAAUCAAAAAAUGUAUAUUAUAUAACGAUUUAAUUUUUAAGUGUG